AGACGGUCACCGUUCCGCGGCACAAUCCUGCUGCUCUCGGACGGGCCCAGUAUCACCACGGAGUUCGGAGCUAACACACGUCUCUCGGAUAUUUACUUACCCUGCACUACUUCCCAAAAACCUGCGCGUUUGACACCGGUGGAAACUUCAUAUUCCUGUUCACGUACCCUCAGGGGCCGGACGCAAGCUGUCUUUGACGAUGCUUUACUGUCUGCUGGCUCUCGUGACACUCGUGCUACUGGGCGCGGACGCCAGGCGCGGGGAAACGACGUUCGGGAACAACAACAACAAUGGGAACCCAUUGGACAACGACAAGUGGAUGAGCACCGUGUCUCAAUACGACAAGGACAGAUACUGGAACAAAUUCCGAGACGAGGUUGAGGAUGACUUCAGGAGCUGGACUCCAAGCAAGCCGGCAGACUCAGACACAAAGGCCCGAGCCGGGAGGAACGUAGAACCGGGACCAAAGAGCCACUCGGCACCGGGGAAGUGGAAGAUAGAUGAUGGAGGUUUGGACAUCACCAAGGAUCCUUGUCUGAAAGUACGCUGCCCACCGCACAAGGUGUGUGUCAGCCACGACUACCAGACAGCCAUCUGCACCAAUCACAAGCAGGUACCCCACAGCAGUGUGAAGGCCAAAAGAGGGAGCGUGGCCCAUAAGCAGCAUAAGCUGGCCGAGGUGAAUCAUGGGAAAUGUAGGCCCUGCCCCGCCCUCCAAGCUAACCCAGUGUGUGGCUCAGAUGGACACACCUACACAUCCAAGUGUAAACUGGACUUCCAGGCCUGUACCUCUGGCAAGAGCCUGCUGGUGAAAUGUGAGGGUCCCUGUCCCUGUCUGCCUGGACAGGAACUGAUCAAACACCACAGUGAAAAAUCUGCAUGUACAGACAGUGACCUGCGCAGCCUGGCCUCCCGCCUCAAGGACUGGUUCGGAGUUCUGCACCAGGACGCCAACAGAGACCUCAAGACGUCCAGUGACAGCUCACAAGGCCACUUUGACACCAGCAUCCUGCCCAUCUGCAAGGACUCACUGGGCUGGAUGUUCAACAAGCUGGACAUGAACUACGACUUGCUACUGGACCACACCGAGCUGAGCGCCAUCUACCUGGACAAGUACGAGCUGUGCAUGCGGCCGCUCUUUAACUCCUGCGACUCCUUUAAAGACGGCAAGCUCUCCAACAACGAGUGGUGCCUCUGCUUCCAGAAACCAGAGGGUCUUCCGUGCCAGAACGAAAUGAACAGGAUUCAGAAUCAAAGCCGGCGGAAGCCUCUAUUAGGGGCCUCUAUUCCCAGGUGUACUGAUGAGGGCUACUAUAAGGCCACUCAGUGCCAUGGGAGUCAGUGCUGGUGUGUGGACAAAUAUGGCAAUGAGAUCGCCGGCUCCAGGAAGCAAGGCAACCCCACCUGUGCAGAGGAAGACCAGGAGACAUCUGGAGAUUUUGGCAGUGGAGGCGCUGUGAUUUUACUGGACGACCAGGAGGAGGAGGAGGAGCCCCGCAUGAGUGGGCGUGUCCGACAGAAGGAGAGACGAGGCAGACUCCGUCCCCGCGGCGCGAUUGAGGAUGAUGAGGAUGAAGACGAUGACAAAGAUGACGAGAUUGGCUACCUGUAGUAGCUCUGCCCAUCUCUUUCUCUUUAUCUGUUUCUAUCUAUCCCUCUCUCUUUCAUUGGCCUACCAGGGACCCCAGUUCAACUGCACAGAUCUAAAGCCAUUCCUCCUCUUUUCCUAAACCAUUAUUCAUCCAUUCUUUCUCUCUCUAUCUCCUUUUUUCCCAUAGUUCUCUGUUUCUUCCCCUUGUGUUAGUUCGCUCUUGUUUUGCCCUUUUUUUCCAUUUGCCCCCAUCUCUCUCUACCGAUUCCAAUUCUUCUACUCACAAUUAUGGGACUCUAUGGAAUCAGUAAAGACUCUUUUGUGACCUUUAAGCCAGUACAGCUAAACGAGUAUGUCCCUGCUUCUCUUCACAAUUCUCAAUGGAACCUCUUCCCACUCUUCUUGUCAUCCACUCUCUAUGGUCUCUGUCACUCUAACUUGAGCUCUUUGUCUCUCUUCACUCCUGUCUCUAUAACUCCUUUGCUCUAUACCUCUCUCUAUCUCUCUCUCUCUAUCUCCCUCUCUCUCAGUCUCUCAGUCUGUCUUCUAGUCUGACUGACGCCAGAGAGGUUUUGGAUGUAUAUAUUUUAUCCUCCUUCAGAUAGGCAGCAUUUGCUCUUGCCUCUCUCCUGAUUAUCUCAAAGGAGGCGUUCUCACACAAAUGCGUCAGGAGAACCCCGUAGAACGCCAGUCCUCCUCUUUUACAGCAUGUUCCGGGUGCUCUUAAGGUCGAGGUUAUAGAGAGCGUUCAGUGAGACCUACAGUGGGUUCUGUUUUGUUUGUCUAUUUUUAUUUAUUAAUUUUGAAUGCAUGUCUGCCCAUUGUGAAGGGGGGAUAAGAGGCUUGGGUUGGCAGCUUGACUUUGUUUUGUUUUGUUUUGUUUUGUUUUGUUUUGUUUUUCAGAAAAACAAGAAAUAUAGUCAAGUCUCACUGUCUCAAAGAACAAGAUGCAUUUUUAAGUUUGCGAUACAGGUGACGUUUGCUGCUCCGCUGCAUCCUCUGUUGCUUAUUUCUGAUGCCUCAGCCUUCCUGUUUGUUUUGAUCCUGUGUCUUCUUCGUCCACCUCCUUCUCCUCCUCCUCCUUUAAAGACAAACAAUAUUUUUUCCGUGGGAGACAUUUUGUCCUUGAGACAGAGGACGCUUAUUUACUAGACAACACUGACAAACUCGGGAUCAGAAACUCAUUCAGUCGCCAAUUUUCUCUUUGUUGUUGUGGAAGAGUGUUUUCUGCGGCUCUUAAAGGUUGUUUUCUAUUGUCCACCUUGAGAAGGAUGGUUUUGGCAUCUUUGCCCUUUUUGCUUGGGGAUGUUCAUUUUGCUUUUUGUGUGUUUGGUAGUGUGUUUUUCCUCGCCAUGGAUGACCUGAGAAGGUGUAGCGGACAUUUUCAGUAGGAACGGCACAAAUCAGUUGGUCAUUCGUCUUGCCCUUUUCAAAGCUACACAAAGACCUUUCUUCAGAAAUGAAUUGUAAAGUAAAGCUGCAGAAGUGACUGAAAGAAAAUGUUCCAUUACUAUCUGCCGUAAAAGAAGGGGGAAAAGGAUAUUGUGUUGUGCUCUUUGGUAGACCCCCUGUCAUUGCUAAAAGGGGGAAAUGUUUGUGCACCAGUUUAAAUGUCAGGGAAAAGCUAUUUAGGAGAUACGAGAGAACUUUCUAGAGUGCAUUUAGGGUCUCUUCAUUCAAGUUUCACAGAGAAUGUCUCAUGGUAACAUCCACACAACCUGCUGGAGAGUCAAUUACAAGUGACAAAUGAACACUAAGGUUAGCGAGAGCAUCUACAGUGCUAUCUGUAUGCGCAGCUCCAUUCAACUUAAAAUGGCUGCCCCAGAUGACUGAAAGUAUUGAUGUAGGCUAUGUGAGUUUCUCACUCACUUACUCUCUCUCUCUCUUCUCUCUCUCUCUCUCUUUCUGUCUUUCUCCACCCAUGUGUGUGUGUGUCACAGGCUAGUAUUUCUGUCGUCUCAUAAAUCUCUUUAUGACUAUUCAUUACCAGGCUCAUAUCGCAACAGCAGCAGGUAAUCGAUGCAUAGCAUUAGCCCUCUGCGGCGCGGAGCUUGUUAAGCAGCGUUCGCUGAUUUAGUGAGGGGCGUUCAGGCGCAGGCGACACUAAGUCCGAGCGGCAGACCCGAAAUCAAAACCCCCUGCUUUUAAUUAGUGGGAUUAGAGGAAAUGCAGACUUGAUGUCAUUUGAUCUAUGGAUGCGAGCCAUUGAGUUAACCAAGAUCAACAGCACCAUAGGCCGAUCUGCCGCGGAUAAAAUGAGUAUCUCACGUCCACCGGCUCUCUCUUUUCUCUCUCUCUCUCUCUCUCUCUCUCUCCUCUCUCUCUUUCUCUCUCUCUCUC